AUGCCUUCAGACGAUUUUCUAUCCAUGUUGGAGCCAUGGAUGCCGAUACCUACAGAACUUUCGCAAUUUCUCAUUAAUCAAUCCAUUGAUGCCGCUCUCAUAGUAAUUCCCAAGAAUUAUAAUGGCAUGCCUCGCUCUAGCUUUUCGCCGGAACAAUUCGAAAUUAGUACCAUUACCAUGAAUAAGCUACAGGACGGCGAAGCGAGACAAGUCCGAGCUUCAUUGAUCAUUGAUAUUUCUGCAGUGUAUGCAGUCAACGCUGCCAUGGCUGUCGAAUAUGAAAUUUUUAUGUACCGUCGCGAUGAGUUUACGGGAUGUCAAAUUCUCCUCCAAGAAGGCCUUUACAUACAAGACUCGGAGACGAAUCGCGCAGCGGCCGUCCGAUUGGUUCCACCCGAACCCCCUCAGCUUUUGGGACAACUGGAGGAUGACGAAGGAGAACAAUCGAAUUAUGAUCAUGAAUAUGGUUUCAAUAAGAAUGAUGAUGACAAAAUUUAUUCACAAACUCCUCUUCCCACCCAGCCAGCUCAUAUUCUCUCUCCUGGUCACUCUCCUAGUAAAGGCCAAUAUUUCUAUGGUAGGCAAGGUUCCACCUCAGAUUCAGGCGAGUUUCAUCAGAUGCCCAAAACUCAACCACUGUCAGCCACUCCACAAGGCACGUCCAGUGCAACGCAUAACACACCACAAAUUACCACUCCUGCGACAAUAUCCUCCAGGAAGCCUAGACCCCAGUCAAGAAAGCGCCUUGUCGUCAAGGUUGGCGAUGGGAAGACAUUUUCUCUCGUACCGCAUAAUGAGCCCCUACCCAACGACGACAGUAGAUUGCCUUCCCUAUCCACUAAAACAUCCUCCUCCUCGGUGCAAGAUUUCGAUCAGUCUAUCAUCUCAUGCACAAAUACAGACUCCACAUACACAGCCGCACCUAGUACGGCGACACCUAGAAAGUCAAUAUCCGCAGAUCAUAUAAGCUGUUCCUCCUCGGAGUUCUCGAUUGUGGGUGGUGUUAGAAAAGUACCCAAGACUCCAGACCAAAAAGGAAAAUCUCCAGCGUUCGACUUCCCACUCCCUCCUUUGCCUGAAACCUCGCAAGAGCGUAACUCACACGAACUCUCUACAAAACCGUCAUUCCUUUCAACAACCUCGACUGCAACUGAGGCCACUAAUUGGAAAGUUUAUAGUAAUAUUCCGGAAUCGACUUACGAGUCUGUGUUUGCUACAACCCCCACUGAGCCUAAUUUUGAAGUUCUCGAUCAAUCCGUUCUUGAACAGUCCACUCCUUCAACAACUAUCCAUCAUCUGCGCGAAGAGUCAAUUCAGGAGUCUCUUCAAGAGUCUACGGGAACCGUUAUCCAUCGACCCCAAACAUCGCAAACAUACCAAACUUCAUCUGCGAGUAACUCUGAUAAUUCCAACUAUCAACUUCACGAAGAAUCUAUUUCAGGCUCAGUCAUCUACAGACCACAGCAUCGUCCUCAGCUGUCUACUAGCACUUCCGGCUACUCGACUUCGAAUUAUCCGAACUCAAACUACCAGAUACAUGAGCCAGACACUCCAACCUCAGUAGUCUUCAGACCCCAACAUCGACCCCAAUUAUCUACAAGCACAACCGGGGAUAAUACUAAUUACGAAGUUCAUCGUGGCCAUACCCGGGACCGCUCCGAAUCACUCGCCGAUUCCUUUCUCGAAGCGUCAUUUUCAAGUGGCUCCAAUUACCGCGUACAUAAUCAAUCUGACAAAGAGUCAACCGCUUCAUCUGUUGUCCGUAGACCUAGAGCCCGAGCAGCGACCACUUCGUCUAGUGAACAGGAAAAUUACGUUUUCCACGAAGAACUUUCGAGAUCCGUAUCUCUCUCGAGCGGACAAGGUCCAGCACCCAAAUAUUCCCAAGAAUCUCUCCGUAUUCCUGGGUUAAGAACCAAGAAAAGGUCGAAUGAUAAUUUCGGUUACUACAAGUCAAGAUCGCGAGAGACGUUGAAAUCAAUAUCAAAUCACUCGUUACACAGUCGAGCUAAUUCUCUAGCAUCGUUAUCAACAAUCCAUACUCAGCCCGACGCACAACGAGCAAUUGUGGCGAGCGGAUCAAUAGUUAAUUUACCCGCACAAAUCCAACUUCAGAAACCAAAAGGAUUGAGUUCAUGGGCAGAGUUGCCAAGUUCCACGAGUCCCCAUAUGAACGAGGCUCCGCAUCAAUGGAGCUCACAGCUUUCCACUGUGCUCUCCGUCUCCGAAGGGACCGGCACCGAACGAGGUUCCCGAGCUUGGUCCGACAGUAUGGGAAGAAGGAGCAGUAUAUUUCCUAGUCUACCAAGUCGCGGCAGUCGCAAUGUUCUCAGUAUCAGUUCAUCUCAAGGGAUAGAAGAUGCGUUGGCAAGAUCCAGAAGCGAUUCAAUGGAUCCCCCACGUCCGACAUGGACACGCACGGGUCGAGGUUUGAGCAGUUCGUCUAUUCCUGUGAUAGGUGAUUACGACGAAUAUGGCGAUGGAAUUACCGCCAUGCAAGACAUGCGCACUCGUCCAUCCAGGAACAGAUUAUCCGGCAUGUUCAACACCGGAGCAUCCGAUACCUCCCGUACGCACACCAUGCGCUCGUCGAUAAGUUCACGCUCCAACAGUCUCCUCGCAAACUCGAUUCCCACCUGGGCAAGGCUCUACUAUGGAAGCGGAGAACGUCGCUAUCUAGGCUACAGACCCGAGAGUUCCAAUGGCGGAACGCCAAGUCGCAACGGCUCCUUCAGCAUGAGAAGCGGAUCCCCAAAUACAGAGAAUUUCCCAGAUGAGCUCCAUAGCCCGCGUCGUCGCCCACGAGAAGGCCAUCCACAUAUGCGAGGUUUCUCUCAACAAUCUAUGGAAAUCACCCCCUUACCCAGCUCAGCCCAAGGUGCCGGCCGUCUAAGAACUCGAUCCCUCAUUUCCAGCGUCUGGUCUCCACAUUUGCGCAUCGACCGUCGCGCAGGCCGUCAAUCCGCCUGGGAACCACCUCAAAUCAAUUUCUCCACCGAGGGUGGAUUUUUCGGCCGUCGAAAUAUCCAAGUCGUUCUCUUCAUCGCCGGAUUCCUUCUCCCUUUUUCCUGGAUGAUCGCCGCUCUUCUUCCUCUCCCCAAAAUGCCCUUUUCUGAGAUGCGCGAGCGCGGAGACAGCACCGGAGAUCUGACGGAGCCCCAUGAUGUGGAAAAUCGCGGCGUGAAUGAUUAUGCGAGGCAAUUUGGGCCGUUGGACGAGGCCCGGUACGAGAGUGCUAGAUGGUGGAGAAAUCUCAAUCGAUGGAUGAGCGUGGUGGGUUUAGUGAUUAUUGUUGUUGUUAUCGUUCUCGCUAUCGAAGGAACUCAAAAGGGAUGGUGA